GGCUGUGAGGCGUGACAGUCGCUGUGUAAGCGACUGCAACGAAACUAAAUUCAGUGGCCUUAGUGACGGACAGUCAGACGGGUAGACGGACGGCUGCCUUUAGCACAGCAUAGCGCAUAAUAUAAUAUUGCUUGCAAUUGCGUGCAGCUCAAGUGUGCAAUAGUAACGUCCGUAAUUGUGUGCGCCUAAUUGUAGGCUAAAGCAAAGCGGCAGCGGCGGCGGCGUCACUACGUAACGCGUAUUCCAGAAUAUAACACAUACAAAACGGGCUCAACAACGAGAUAGUAUUUAGUGAAAGCGCCAAGGAAUCAUGAAUUUCAUUGGCGCCGUAGGUGGUGAUGGCGGUGAUGAUGGCGAUGAUAAGGAAAAGGCAGAGGAGGAGGAGAGAGAGCGUCAGGAGGCCAUACGUGAGGCCGAAGAGCGACGAAAGGAGAAGCAUCGUAAGAUGGAAGAGGAGCGCGAAAAGAUGAGACAAGAUAUACGUGAUAAGUACAACAUAAAGAAAAAGGAAGAGGUUGUCGAGGCCAUGCCCCAAGAGGAACCCAAUCCGCUGAUGCGAAAGAAAAAGACGCCCGAAGAGUUGGCUGCCGAAGCGGAACAGGAAGAAUUGGACGAUUUUACAAAACUGAAAAAUCAAAUAGAAACGCAAGUAAAUGAGCUAAAAACUCAAAUAGAGGGAAAAUGUGUCAUGCAGUGAUAUGUCAUCAUAUGAUUAUGAAUACCAAAAUAUACCUACAUAAUAUAUAAACAGAAAACAAAUGAGAAACCCAAAAAA